AUUACUGUCAACAGUCACUGACACUGACAGUCUACCUAGAUUAGGAACGUGUGCUGGUUUUUAAUUAAAUUAUUCAUUCAUGAGGUUUUAUGAAUUCGUAAUGCUGGUGUAGUCAUUUAGUUUGCUAAUAAUAAAUAAUAAUCCAUAAUGUGGCUGGAGGAAGUUGAAGAAAUCUUCAAGGGCUAUUUGCCAUAUUAUUUAUUGAUAGUUUUGCCAAUUUUCAUUAUUGUUUCUCCUGCAAGUCCAGUCUCAGCUUCUUCGGAAUUUCCUGUAUUUCGCAUGCAGCAUUAUGAUUUACAUGGAAUAGCGCAUGGGUGUAGAAGCGCCGGUAUCAACUUGGAAGCAAGAUCCUUAACAGGAUGGAGUACUCCUAGGCAUUGCGUCAUUACUAAACUGAAGGAUUUGACUGUGGAUAGUUUUAGGAAUAUCAAAUUGAAAGCUGGGGCUCUUCUUAUCAUGCUUCCAGAAGAAUUAACCCUCUUGAGUCCUGAAGACAAACAGCAUUUACUUGUGUUAGAAAAUGCAAUGAUAGCACAAGAAAUAUCCAUCCCAGUGUAUUUUGCUAAACAUUCUCCUCAACUCGAAUCAAUUAUCAAAGAAAUUUCGAAUAAUGUGGAUAGCAGUGAUAUGAGCAAGUCUGCAGCUGAGGCUCUCAUCAAUUCAGUAGCUGCCAAUGGAUAUCAAAUAGUUGUGUCAUCAAAUAAUCCCAGUAUCAAAACGGAUGCCAAAGUUACUACUAUACAGGGUCAAUUGUCUGGUUACAGCUCAUUUGGCAAAAUUCCUACCAUUGCAGUCGUUGCACACUAUGACAGUUUUGGAGUAGCACCUGAACUAUCUUUUGGAGCUGACUCAAAUGGCUCGGGUGUUGUUAUACUUCUCGAAUUAGUCAGAUUAUUUUCUAGUCUGUAUUCGGUAUCAAAAACUCAUGGUAGUUACAACAUAAUAUUUGUUUUAUCUGGUGGUGGAAAGAUUAACUACCAAGGAAGCAAAAACUGGCUUGAAAAUCAAUUAGAUAUUCUGGAUGGAUCAUUAAUUCAGGAUGCUUCUUAUGUAAUGUGCCUUGAUACUCUAGCUGCAAGUGAUUCUAUUUACAUGCACGUCUCCAAACCUCCGAAGGAAUCCUCAUCUGCAUCUUUAUUCUAUAAGGAACUCAAAUCCACAGCAAUGGAUUUGAACUCUGCCACAACAGUCGAAGGAGUACAUAAAAAGAUAAACUUAGCUGAUGAUAUUUUAGGAUGGGAACAUGAAAGAUUCAGUAUAAGAAGAUUGCCUGCUUUUACUUUAUCCUCUCUUAAAAGUCACAAAGACUUUCGUAGGUCGACAAUAUUUGAUACCAGAGAAAACCUAAAUGUAGAUAGACUAGUGAAGAAUACCAAAAUUGUAGCGGAGGCUUUGGCAAGACAAAUUUAUAAUGUAUCAGGAGGUGAUGUUUUUGGAAACAGUUGGGAUGUAAAUAGAAAUUAUAUAAACACUUGGAUUGAAUAUUUGACAAGUCAACCUAGAUCUCCUCAGCUGUUGAGUGAUAAGGAUAAUGUAUUAGUAACUAUGUUGAAAGAUACCUUUAGUAAAUAUUUGAGGGAUGUAAAAGUAACGCAUGCUGUUCCUGAUAAGAAAGAUCCUGAUUUUCAAUUUUAUCAAGUUACCAGCGGAACUGUGAACGUGUACAGCGUGAAACCGGCAGUAUUUGAUCUUGUUUUAACUAUAGCAAUAGUCCUGUACCUGGGAGCAAUAUACUUAUUUAUUGAGCACUUUUCGAGUUUGUAUAUCAUCGCAUGUUCUUUAACUGCUAAUAGAAAGGUGAAAAAUAACUGAUGAUUAUGCUUCAAUGCCAAUCAGUCAUUAUUGAUAUUUCCUAGUAAUGUAUAAAAUGUACUGAUUUUCAAUCAUUCUGUGGGCUCUUUCAUCUGUUCAUUUAGUUUUCAUAGCCUGUGAUGUACAAUUGUUAGUUUGAAUGAAAGUAGGAGAAGUUUGAGCAUAUCAAGACGCUCAUUUAAUAUUUUCCUUCAAAAUAAACAUAUAAUGAACAAUUAUUAUUUUCAAAAAAUAAAAUUGUUACCUUGUUA